AUGUGGAUUGCAUUGGGUUUCAUUCAGCCAUCUCAAAGAAUGGUUUCGGAGGAUAUUGGAAGAAGGUAUUUUGAUGUUUUAGUAAAAAAAAAGCUUUAUGAUGAAGAGUCAUCUCUCAAAAUUUUUGAGACUAUUCGACAUUUGUUUGUUCUAACUAAAAAUCCAGACAUCUUAAAAAAGAUUGAGAAGUUUAAACAUUUGCAUUCUCUUUUAUUGUUCUAUGGAAAUUCUAAUCAGGAUCUUUGCAGUGCACUUAUUGAAAUAUUUAAAGCAUCGAGAUGCUUGUUAUUAUACUUAUUUACUAAUGAAUUGGAAAUGAUACCUGAGGAGAUUAAAUAUUUGAAACGUCAUCGAUAUUUGAAGAUUGAAAGAGUUGAAGCCACUAGGCUACCAAGAUCUCUAAGUAAUCUCUAUCACUUGCAAUACAUAAAAUAUGAUAAUUGGAUGCCAACACGACUUACAGUUGAUGAUUUUUUACCAAGUGACAUUAAUAAACCUUCUAAUUUGCGUUACCUUGAGUUUUCUGGGAAUUAUAUUUCAUCGAUAUAUGGGAUUGGGAAGCUAAACUAUCUUCUAGAAUUGUAUUGGUUUGAUCUUAGAAUUGAGGUGAGCUUUAGAAUUGAUGAGUUGAAGUAUUUGAAUGAUCUUAGCAAAUUAGGAAUCAACGGCCUUGAAAAUGUGAAGGAUGCCAAGGAGGCUUAUCUUCAGUUCAGAUACUAUCUAUUCAUAUCGUUCCUAUGCUUUGUUCUGAAAGUUAGGUCUUCUCUUUGUGAGCUGGAAUUUGGUCAGCUCAAAUCUUUACAUUCUCUACCUUCCUCCUGGGAAAUCUUUUCUUCACUUCAGAAAUUAUCUAUUACAAAUUGCCCCAAUCUGAUCUCUCUCGGAAGAUAUCGAGAAGUGGGGACCACUUAUAAUUGCCAUCUCAUGCUCAGCGAUCAUAUCAUAAGUGAUCCAUUGGUGUUGCUAAUGGAGCCCUUGAGAAGUAUCGCCUCCUUAAAAAAACUGAGUAUUUGGUCAAAUGAUAAUCUGGUUUCAUUUUCAAAUGAGGAGCUGUG